AUGGAUAAAAAUCGUGAUGCAAGUGUUUUUGUUUUGGUGUUGUUGGUGUUAGGAUUCUUCACCUUCUCUAUAGCUAAUGCUAAUACCAAUAGAGUUUCUUAUGAUGAGGAAGAUGAGAGCAAGAAAUCAAGUUUUUGGGUAUGGGAGAAAUUUAGAAGGGCCUAUUCUAUGUAUUCAUCAAUUUUCCCUACAAGUGUUGGACAGUAUUGGCAUAUGGUUAAGGCUAUUUUCAAUCACACUUAUGCUUAUUUCUUUCCUCCAAAUAUAGAUUUCAGAAAAGGAGGGGAGGUUCAAGUAGUAAAAGAUGAGAAUGGAGUGAAAGAAGCUUUUUCAAAAAGCAUAGGAACAAGCAAAGCAACACUGGAGGAUGUUGCAAAAUCAGCUGCAGAGAAGGUCAAAAGGAGUUUGUCUCAUGAUAGGAAAGAGAAGAAAGAGCUCUGA